AUGGCGAACCGACUUAUCAAACACCGAAAAUCCAAAUCUUCGAGGAAUCUUAAAGCCUCUAUUUCUAGUGUAUUUUCGUUGAGCGAAAAGGAACCUCAACACGCCCAAUCUCGCACUCGUCCCGGCACACCCGACCGCAAGCCAGGCGCCGAUGCGCCCCCAACCUCCCACGCUGCUCGUCACGGCCACUCGCAGAGUAUGACGGUCGCGAGCACCUAUUACUCACAAGAUCAUUUGGCACCCGGACGAAAGCUCACCCCAGAGCCGCCGCCCAACGCUGCCUCCACCCAUCAUUACCCCAACAACAACACCCCUAAGAUGCAGUCAACUAUUCGGACGGUUCCUAGUUUUGAAGGACCUUUGUCGGAUACCAGCUCCGAUACGCCAUCCGUGACAACCAAGACCUCGGCCUUUUCGAGCUCUGUGACGAGUAACGCCAGCGCAAUCUCCAUGAUGAGCAACCACGACGACGAUAGCAUGCCUACAGUCCGGUUAAAGUUUUCGUCGUCCCCGACCCCUCUAUCCCGCACGAGCAUGAUGCCCAGUACCACCAAUGCGCCAACGAACCCUUCCGACUCCCAAGACCAACAAUCUUCCCAACCAUGGGACUCGACAAUCGGCAAGGCUGGACUAGGCAAGACGGGUCGCGUGAUCAACAAGCUUGUCGGUGACAAUGAAGCCCUCAAGCGAGAUAUCAAAAUCGAGAGACUGCGCGCCGACGAGGCCAAGCAGGCGGCAAAACUGGUAGAGGACAAGAUGGAGCGCUUGAUCCAGGAUUACGAGAGCCGCCUCCUCGAGGCGAACGUGACCAAGACGCUGCUUGCCCGCAAAGAGCGCCAGGUCGAGUCGCUCAACGCCACCAUCGAGCUGGAACGGAGAAAGGCAUCUGUCGCGCUCGAUCGCGAACGCAACUGGCGUGAGGAGAUGGAGAAGGCCCAACAUGACGCCAAGAUCCAAGUCGAAGACGCCACCGCUCAAGCCUUGCUCAUGGAAGGUCGCUACAACUCCAUCUCAUCCCACUGGAAGGACCAGGGAGAGGAGGUCAAGCGCGCCGCCACCGUGCUCCGCGGCGAAAUUGUAGAGCUAGUCGAGGAAAGGCGCAAAGACGACGAGAAGAUUGCCACCCUCCAGGAGCUAUGCGACCAGCAGGACGGCAAUAUCAAGCAGCUGGUACAUCAAAAGGAGGAUAUUGCCCGGCAGUUUGAGGCGUACAAGCAGGAACAGGAGAAUUGGCUGAGGGACGUCAAGCUCAACGCUCACUCCCGCGAGCAGGAGCAGGAGCGGCUCCUCGAAGAAACGAGACAGACUUUGGCCAAGUUGAAGUGGGCGCUUAAUGUGAAGGAAAACGUUAAAGGAGCGCAUAACAACAGAGAAUCCACCCUCAUCAAGCUCCGGAAUCGAAACGACCUAGAUUACGAACUCGGCCAUGCAAGCUCUUCCCAAGCUGGGUGGGCACAAGACAUCACUCACCGGGUAGAGGAUAUAGAUGUAGAUGGGGAAUAUGGGUUCUGCCGAUAUCCGCAGAUGUUCCAAGUUUUCCCCUUCAAGGCGGUGUGGCAGCGAAUACGAUGCAGCGCUGGGAGGCACAAAGUCGAUGUAGUGCGUCUUCUGCAGAGAGAAGGGGACUUUCGGGGGUCCAUACAAAGCCUCUUGUCGCUGUGGAGCUGCCAGAUCUCGUGGAACUUGGGGCAAGACACGAUCUAUCUCGGCGCCACUGAGCAAGUUUACAUUGAGAACGCCGUUCAAAAGCUAGAGACGCUCCUCCGAUACCGUAGUCCGCCCUCAUCCUCCCAUUUUAUCCUUCCGCGAGGUCUUGUCCCGUCGUACCCACUUGACAUCAGACGUAUCCGGGACUUUGACAUUGUCCAUUCGACGAUUAUAAAGACUACGGAAGCUCGCGCAGAUAUCGAGUACAGAGAUCUGUACACCAAGGGUUGCGUACUAGUUUAUCGCGAGCUAGAAGCGGGCCAGAGAGAGUGGGCGGGACCGAGGCUUGCCUCUUGCCGUAAAGGAAAGCAAACUUUGAGCAAGCCUCGCCUGUUUCAUCCCUUUUCUAAACUGUCAUACGUCGCCGCCACUCCUCCAGAGCGAGCCAGCGAGGGCAUGUCACCUCAGUCCUUGCUAGAAAGCUCCAUCGACAACAGAACAUCACCCCAAGGUCGGGCCCUUACCGUAUCCGAAUCAGAUUCGCCAAAAAUGUCAACUUUUGCUCGGUUGUACCACACGACGAGAGGAGAGGUGGUGGAUGACGUUUUGUCAAACGCUGAUAGUUCAAGGAGGGUGGAUACGCUAUCCGAGGCACCGGCAGACGAUCGUAUCCUGCGUUGGGCACAGAGUGUCAAGAUCCCGGGCCAUGAAAGUAGUGACUCAGCCUCGAGCGGUUCAGUGACGGACAAAGAGCCCAAGGAGAAGCAAAUAAGCACUUCGAUGCCAAUACAGUGGGAACCCAAACUUUGGGCUCUUGGGGGUGAGAGGAUGUCGGUACUCAUGCUCUGGGAUCCUCCACCCAUUCCCAAAUCGUGCUUCAGGGACCUCCUCGGGCGGUGUAACAUUCCUAUAUCUGACACAUCGAGCCUCAUCAGCUUUACCUCCCUACCAGCCACGAAAUCAAAGGAAGCCGCCCAGUGCCCAACGACACGGGAAACCAUAGACUAUCUUACCAACGACGAUGACUCUCAGACUCAUCUAGCGGGCCUCAUGGCGCCAUUGACUCCUGCGCCUGCCUCGGCACGAAAUACGGAGGGGCACCAAUUUGCUGAUGACCAUGCUUGUAAGGAGAAUUCUUACCUGCCAAAACAAGACUCGGGGGUGCCGUUUCGCUUGGGGAUAAAGAAGAGUAUUGGCGAAGGUCCGCGAACUCUGGCAAAUGGCCCACCCCUCUGCGCUGCUGAUUUCCUAAUGGACGACCUAAACGCUAGCUCCCAGAGCAUGUAUGACCCAGAUGUUCGAGGUACAGGCCUCACGGGUGAGUCCCUGGAAAGUCGGAUACUCUUCCCACUCACGGAAGCGAGCGCAAGCAACAGGGAAUCUUUCGAGAGUGCCCUGGAGGAGCGACUAAUCCAGAUGGUUGGCAAGGCAAAGGGGCUUACGGGCUGCGUCGAGAUGCGGUUCAUUCUCGGACGGAUAGUUUUGCAAGAUAUUGACGAGAGGGCGAUUCAUAGUGCAGAAAGUGACACGCCAACCGCCAAGUUUCGUAUCUGCCACCUCCUCAGCGAGCUUGCGCUCCUAAGCGAGGAUCACGUUCGUUUCCACCCUAUAUUGUCCACACGGGCACAAGAUGUGAAUAGGGUCUCCAAAGCGUCAUGGAGCAUAGAUGGCGGACAGAAAAUUUCGUGGGCCUUGCAGUCAACCGAGAUCCUGUACAGCAUGAAGUGCCGGGAUGCCAAAACAGGCACCAAGUUCACUUUGCUCGUGAAGCCAGAGGGUUCGACUUUUAGUUUUACGUCUAACAAUGAGGGUAGUCGUGUGGAUUUCAUUUAUGUUCAUUGCGCGAACAGAUCGUGGGACCUGCACGCUGUUCUUGAGGUUACCGAUACGGAUUAUUUGCAAGGAAAGUACGCUGAAUUUGCUCGUUCCAUUGUGGAAAGCAUGGAGAUGUAA